GUGAAGACCUAUGUUCGUGUAGUUGUGGUUCUGUCCUCUCUGUUCUAUCCUUUUCUGGUGGGUGCUUAGCGUGAUAUAUACUGUGCAAAAAGAGAAGCCGAGCCAUGGUCACUUCCUUUCAAGGUUCAUGGUUGUUACGGGGAGGAAGGGUUAUCGCCCGUUUCUGGUCUCAAUCUCACUUCUGCUACCUAAUGGAGACGGAUUUCUUGCUUGUUGUUGGCCCCGUUACAAAAAGAAUGUUCAUCUUGACAUGGUCCAUCUCUCGUAUAAUUUCGGGAAAUUUCACCAAAAAAUGUACUGGGGGUGUUCUGCAUUGUUUCUCUCAACUGAUGCAAGACUAGAAUAAAUACAUCACCUCUGGAAAAUUUUUACUGAAGCUUACGUCUGAUCGGGGUUUCCUAGGUAGUGUUAAUGUCAGACAAGGUCGAUAGUGUUUCCGAUCGAUAAUCCCGAGCUAAGAGCAGGAUGGAACCAAGAAGACAGAAACAAAUGUUGACAAUAUGUUAAUCUUCUUGAAACCAACGGAUGUUGUUGAGCAUAGUCCUUAAGUAGCAGAAACAAGAGCUUUGAUCGAAGUGGAUAGAACAAUGGCAGCAAUGGAGAUUGAAGUUCUUUCCAAGGACUACGUCAAGCCACUGACCCCAACCCCUUCACACUUGAGAACCUACAAGUUCUCUCUGUUCGACCAGCUCGUGCCCUCUGCUCACAUCCCUAUUGUUGUUUUCUAUGAUCGGCCCACCGCCUUCAGCACCAAGGAGGCGAUGCGACGGCUGAAGAGCUCGGUUUCGGAAGCAUUGCCGGACUUCUACCCUUUUGCCGGAAGGAUCAUGGAUAACCUUUACAUCGAUUGUAAUGACGCCGGUAUCUACUAUGUCGAGGCUAAGGUGAAUUGCUCGGUCCGUGAACUUAUUGGUAAGCCCGAUAUUCAGUUGACCAGGAAGCUGCUACCUGCCGAGCCCGAUGACUCGUCCUCGGAAGGAGGAACCCACAUUGCCAUGGUACAGGUGAACGAGUUCGCUUGCGGUGGGAUUGCCCUGGCGGCUUACCUGUCUCACAAGAUCAUCGAUGGCCCGACGCUUGUCACGCUCCUCAAGGCAUGGUCCCACACCGCCCGAGGGCAUCCGCAAGAAGUGAAGCCCAGCUUCAUCAGGCCGACUAUCUUUCCCCAGUGUGACAAGCUGUCGCCCGACUACAUCCUCGGCAUAUGGCCUUCCGCGCUGAAAGUAGGCAAGUGUGUGACCAGACGGUUUGUGUUCAGUGCCGAAGCGGUGGCCACAAUCAAGGCAAGGGCAGCAAGCCCCUCUUUCGUGGCGCAUCCAACCCGCAUUGAAUCCGUAUCGGCCUUCAUAUGGAAGUGCUGUAUGCGAGUGACCGAGGCCAAGGAGGGGUCUAGGAAACCAUCCAUACUGUCCCACGUGAUAAACCUCCGGGGUAAGGCGAAUGACGAGAGCCCCAUCCCGGAGCACACGAUCGGGAACCUGCUCUGGGUCAUGACAGCGAGGUCUGACCAGGAGGCGGACAGGGAGCUACAGUCCCUAGUGGGCGUCCUCAGGGCGGGGUUCCUGGGCAUCAACAUUGAGCUGUUCGAGCAGUUUGCAGGGGAGAAUGGGGCAUCCAAGAUGCAGGAGUGCCUCGAUGCAAUGUCCAAGGUGUAUGAGGACGAGGAAACGGACUACUUCGGGUUCAGCAGCCUGGUCAACAUGGGCACCUACGAGACCGACUUCGGGUGGGGGAAGCCGAUGUGGGUCAGCCCGGGCGGGAUCGACGGGGAGAUUUAUCAGAAUUUGGUAUUCCUGAUUGACACAAGAAAAAAGGGUGGGAUUGAGGCAUGGACCACAUUGGGUGAGCAAGACAUGGCCUUGCUUGAAGCUGAUCAAGAGCUCCUCUCCUUGGCCUCCUUGGAGUCAAGCCCUCUUGAGCUCAUGUAAAUUCCAUCGGUUUUCGAUUCGGUUCAGUUCGGUUAUCCUCUUUGAGUUCGAUAAAACAACUGCCAAGGCCGAUACUUCAAUCGCUGAUCGAUUGAUCUCCGUAUGGAUUUAUCCUUAUUUUCAGUAAUUUUUAAAAAUGAUUUCAAUAAAUAAAUUGGAGAAAAUGAGGUCUUUUAUUUGG